AACGAACCAGCAUCUUCUUUGCGUGUCCAGAGCCUUCUACACACAGAGAUACACGCAGCUCUGUAAAAUUAAACGCCAAGAGUUCUUGAUCGUUUGUGGGUUUUCGUUAUUUGGGUGUUUGAUUGUUUGAUUUGGAGAGAGAAGAGAGAAGAUGUUUGGGAGAGCACCAAAGAAGAGUGAUAACACAAGGUACUAUGAGAUACUAGGGGUGUCAAAGAAUGCUAGUCAAGAUGAUUUGAAGAAGGCUUAUAGGAAAGCUGCCAUCAAGAAUCACCCUGAUAAAGGUGGUGAUCCUGAGAAGUUUAAAGAGCUGGCUCAGGCGUAUGAGGUUCUGAGUGAUCCUGAAAAGCGCGAAAUUUAUGAUCAGUAUGGGGAAGAGGCCCUAAAGGAAGGGAUGGGCGGUGGCGGUGCUGGCCAUAACCCUUUCGAUAUUUUUGAGUCUUUCUUCGGUGGGAAUCCUUUCGGUGGUGGUGGUAGCCGAGGAAGGAGGCAGAGACGGGGAGAGGAUGUGGUUCAUCCAUUGAAGGUGUCAUUGGAGGAUUUGUACCUUGGCACGUCAAAGAAGCUUUCCUUAACCCGGAAUGUGAUUUGUUCUAAGUGCAAUGGAAAAGGAUCGAAAUCUGGAGAGUCGAUGAAGUGUACUGGCUGCCAGGGAAGUGGCAUGAAAGUCUCAAUAAGGCAACUUGGCCCUUCAAUGAUUCAACAGAUGCAGCAUCCUUGCAAUGAAUGCAAGGGAACGGGUGAGACCAUUAGUGAUAAGGAUCGUUGCCCACAGUGCAAAGGGGAGAAGAUUGUGCCGGAGAAGAAGGUUUUGGAAGUUAUAGUGGAGAAGGGCAUGCAGAAUGGACAGAAAAUUACCUUCCCUGGUGAAGCUGAUGAAGCGCCGGAUACAGUCACUGGUGAUAUAGUCUUCGUCCUUCAGCAGAAGGAACAUCCAAAAUUCAAGAGAAAGGGGGAUGAUCUUUUUGUGGAACACACUCUGCCUCUCACUGAGGCCCUCUGUGGCUUCCAAUUUGUAUUGACACACCUUGAUGGCAGGCAGCUUCUUAUCAAAUCUAACCCUGGUGAAGCUGUCAAACCUGAUUCAUUCAAGGCAAUCAACGAUGAGGGUAUGCCGAUGUACCAAAGGCCAUUCAUGAAAGGGAAGUUGUAUAUCCACUUCACUGUGGAUUUCCCUGAUUCUCUGACUCCUGAUCAGGUUAAAGCAAUAGAGACUAUUCUGCCGAGGCCAUCAAGCCAGUUGACAGAUAUGGAGCUGGACGAGUGUGAGGAGACUACACUGCACGAUGUUAACAUUGAAGAGGAAAUGAGGAGGAAGCAGCAGGCUCGUGAGGAAGCUUAUGAUGAGGAUGAGGAAAUGCCUCAUGGCGGUCAGAGAGUCCAAUGCGCCCAGCAGUGAGGGAACUGAACUGAAUAGUGUAGGAAUGUGGAAACCAAAGGGCUUGCAGUAACUUUCUUUUGGAAUGGGCACGGAGGACAUUAUCUAUCCUUUUGAACUUGUGAAACAUCUAAUGAUUUCGAAAAAUGUUUCAGGAUCGGCCUUCCUUUUGGCACUAUAUGUUACUCUUGACAGUGAAAUUAAAAUGUCAAGUGUUUUGUCGUCUCGUA